AUUCAUUAAAUUUUUGGCAUGGUUGAUCUUUACGGGACCGAGUGAUAUUUAACCGUUUUGUGUAUCUAAUUAUUAUGAAAAUGGAGUGGAAACCAGAACAAGAAGGAUUAAGACAAAUACUAACGCUUCUUAAAGAGUCUCAGUCACCAGACACGGCGACUCAAAGAGCCGUUCAACAAAAACUUGAAGAACUAAACAAAUAUCCGGAUUUUAAUAACUAUUUGAUAUUUGUGCUCACUAAAUUAGUAACUGAAGAAGAACCCACAAGGUCUCUGAGUGGGUUGAUUUUGAAAAAUAAUGUGAAAGCCCAUUAUGACAGCUUUUUGCCAGAAGUAGCUGAAUUUAUAAAGCGAGAAUGUUUAUCUGCUAUUGGAGAUCCGUCACCUCUCAUUCGUGCAACUGUUGGGAUAAUUAUAACAACUAUUGCAAGUAAAGGAGAACUGACCUCUUGGCCAGAACUUUUACCAGCAUUGUGUCAAAUGCUAGAUUCACAAGAUUACAAUGUUUGUGAGGGGGCAUUUGGAGCACUUCAGAAAAUUUGUGAAGAUACUGCUGAGAUACUGGACAGCGAUGCCUUAAAUAGGCCUUUGAAUGUUUUGAUUCCAAAAUUUUUACAGUUCUUUAGGCAUUCAUCACCUAAAAUAAGAUGUCAUGCUAUUGCUUGUGUUAAUUAUUUUAUUAUGGGUCGGACACAGGCACUCAUGUUGCACAUUGAUGCUUUCAUUGAGAAUCUGUUCCACUUGGCUGCUGAUGAGGAUCCAGAUGUUAGAAAAAAUGUUUGUCAUGCUCUUGUGUUAUUGCUGGAAGUGAGACUAGACAGAUUAAUACCACAUCUGCCUAACAUCAUUGAAUAUAUGUUGGUUCGUACACAAGAUCCUGAAGAGGGUGCAGCAUUAGAAGCCUGUGAGUUCUGGCUAUCUCUAGCUGAGCAAAACAUUUGUAGAGAGGUACUAGGACCACGGCUUCCAGCCCUACUGCCAGUGUUGGUGCGCGGCAUGCGAUACUCUGAGAUGGCUGUAAUUUUACUGCGGGGUGAUCGAGACGAUGACGCCGAUGAUGCAGAACCUGAUCGUGAAUCUGACAUACGACCCCGCUUCCACAAGGCACGCACGCAUACCAUCAAACAUAAUGCGGGAGCGGGCGAUAGUAAUAUGUCGGGCGGCGGCGAGUCAGACGACGAGGACGAUGGCGGCGCGGACGCGGACGACGGCUCACUUUCCGACUGGAACCUGAGAAAGUGCAGCGCUGCCGCCCUUGACGUGCUCGCGAACGUGUUCGGCGCCGAUCUCCUGCCAGUACUCUUUCCGAUACUAAAAGAGACCCUCUUCCACGAAAAUUGGGUUAUAAAGGAGAGCGGUAUCCUUGCUCUGGGCGCGGUGGCCGACGGUUGUAUGGGCGGGAUGGUGCCGCACCUCCCGGACCUCGUGCCGUACUUGGUGUGUUGCCUCUCCGAGAGGAAGGCGCUCGUGCGCGCCAUCACCUGCUGGACACUGUCGCGGUACUCGCACUGGAUCGUGUCGCAGUCGCACGACUUGUAUUUGAGACCCGUUAUGACCGAGCUUUUGAAACGUGUUUUGGAUAACAACAAACGAGUACAAGAAGCUGCCUGUUCAGCAUUCGCCACUCUCGAAGAAGAAGCUUGUACCGAACUAGUCCCAUAUUUAGGGUACAUUCUGCAAACACUAGUGUAUGCAUUCAGUAAAUACCAACACAAAAACUUGCUUAUACUGUAUGACGCGAUCGGCACACUAGCGGACUCGGUUGGACAUCACCUAAACAAGGAGGAAUACAUAAAUCUAUUAAUGCCACCUCUAAUUAACAAAUGGAAUGUGUUAAAAGAUGAAGAUAAGGACCUUUUUCCUUUACUAGAGUGUCUAUCAUCAGUAGCUUCAGCGUUACAAUCAGGCUUCUUACCCUAUUGUGAACCUGUGUUUAGAAGAUGCGUCUCUUUGAUUGAACAGACCUUAAAUCAGACUAUUGCAAAUAGCCAGAGUCCGGAACAGUUUGAGGCACCAGACAAAGACUUUAUGAUAGUCGCACUAGACUUGCUCAGUGGACUAACUGAAGGACUCGACGGCCACAUAGAUCAUCUCGUACUCAACUCUAAUCUCAUGCAGCUGCUGUACCAGUGUAUGCAAGACCCCAUGCCAGAGGUCCGACAAUCAUCGUUUGCGCUAAUAGGGGACCUAACAAAGGCGUGCUUCCAGCACGUACACCCUUAUAUACCAGAGUUUCUGCCCAUCCUGGCUAUGAACCUUAACCCAGAAGUCAUCUCUGUGUGUAACAAUGCGACUUGGGCGAUCGGCGCUAUUAGCAUCAAAUUAGGUCCAGAAACAUCAAAAUAUAUACCUCUGGUUUUAAAACACUUAGUUGAGAUCAUCAAUAGGCCUAAUACUCCUAAAACGCUACUCGAGAACACAGCGAUUACUCUCGGUCGGCUAGGUUAUGUGUGCCCACACGACGUCGCACCCGUAUUACAUCAAUUUGUACGCCAGUGGUGUACAUCGCUGCGGAACAUCCGCGACAACGACGAGAAGGAUUCCGCGUUCAGGGGCAUCUGUCAGAUGAUCCACGUGAACCCCGAGGGCGUGGUGCCCGAUUUCAUGUACUUCUGCGACGCGGUCGCCUCCUGGUCGCACCCGAAGGAGGAUCUGAAGGAGAUGUUCACCAAGAUCCUGCACGGGUUCAAGAACCAAGUGGGCGACGACAACUGGCGCAGAUUCACCGAUCAGUUCCCCGUGCAACUGAGCGCGCGCCUCUCCGCCAUGUGCGGUAUAUAGACACUCUAGCUGCGUCACGGUCAGUACAUCAUACAAUAUUUGCUAGUUCUAUAUCAUAGGGUAGUUUCGGUAGUGAAAAAUAAAAUUACGAAAUUGCACAAGAAAUGAAAAUAUCUUUAUUCAAGUAGGCUAUUACAAGCACUUUUGAAUCA